CACCCGGAGCCCAGGCUACCUCAGUUUUUAAGCAGCAUGAGUUUCAUGGAAACUGGCAUUUCAGCCUUGUCUCAACACAUGGCCUCAGCCUGGUCUGAAGAGGAGACCUUUGUCUGCUCAAUAUGCCUGGACACCCUGAAAGACCCUGCCACUCUACCUUGUGGACAUUCGUACUGUUUGGCUUGUAUCCAGAGCCACUGGGAUAAGAAAAACAGCAAGGGUGAGUACAGCUGCCCCCAGUGUCGGCAGGUCUUCAACCCUCGACCCUCUCUGGCCAGGAGCACUCUGCUAGUGGAGGCUAUGGAGAAACUAAGAACCAACAGCCUCAAGCAAAGCCCCUCCACAGCCAUCUCCUCUGCCCCGCCAUCCAUGCCUAUCUACCUGGAGGUCCUACCGGAUAAUAUAGGGCCGCGACAGGGCAGCAUGUACCCUCAGCUUCCAGCAGUGGAGCCCAGGCCCUGCCGUCAACACAACCAACCCCUGGACCUGUUUUGCCAUGAAGACAAAGAGUGUGUGUGUGAGGUUUGUUGCCAGCAUGGACACAAGGGGCAUCGUGUGCUUAAACCACAGGAGGAGAGAAAGGAGAGACAGAAAGAGCUCAAUCAGAUGCAGGUAGAUGUACAGAAGAGAAUCCAAGAGACUGAAAAGAAGCUUAAGGAGCUCCCACAUGGGGCUCGCCAACACAAGGCCUUGGUGCAGGCUCUACAACAAGAGAGCACAGAUUUAUUCUCUGAGCUAAUCAAAAACGUGAAUCAAACAGGCAUCCAGGUUGGUGAGGUCCUCAGCACCCAUGAGACCUCCUUAGGCUGCCAGGUUGAGGGGCAGAUUCAAAAACUGGAGCAGAAGGUAGCAUCACUGCGCUGGAAGAGUGAGGAGCUGAGCAGGCUGGCUGAUACGCAGGACCACAUCCACUUCUUGAAGAAUUUUCUCACCAUGGAUCCACUGGUAGAGAUGGGUACAACAGAGGAGUCAAUAUUUAGUCAGGAGGAAGCGGUGGUAGCCUCUGUGCGCUCAGUCUUGAAAGAACUACAAGAAUCAGUACAAGACGUCUGCAAAGCCAGCCUGACCAAGAUCGUCACAAUAGUGAAUCCUGAUGCUGUGGCUUCAAUGCCUAAUGGUGCAUCAGAAGCAGCUUCAAGCACUACAGCAGCUGGUAACAGUGGUCAGGCCACCGCACAAAACACAGUGUAUGAGAUGAUGACAGACCCUCCACCUUUGCCGCCUCCAAGACCUAAAGGGCAUGGGGAUUUACCCAAACAUCCUGCAUGUGAAGCUUCAGCUCCGCCUCCACCCUUCCCUCCUCCUCAACCUGGAGCACCUCCUGCAACAACAGUGGGACUUGUUAAUCCAGAACCAAAGACAAGAGAAGAAUUGCUGAAAUUUCGCUUUGAACCCACCAUGGAUGCCAGCACGGUGUAUCGCCACGUGCAGCUGUCAGAUAGAGGUCGUAAAGCCACGAUGCGGACUGAAAACCUGAACCUGCCAGAAAAUCCUGAACGCUUCCACUUCUGGAGACAGGUUCUCUGCAGUGAGCCCUUAGGAGGGAGCCCUUACUACUGGGAGGUGGAGUGGACCGGAACGAAGAUCACCAUCGGCGUGGCCUACAAGGAGAUGGAACGAAAGGGUUCUGAUGACAACAGCCGUUUGGGCCACAAUGCUCUAUCCUGGAGCCUGUACUGGUCCGGGACCGGCUUUUCCUUCUGGCACAAUGGCCAGGAAAAACUGCUGGGCUCCCCUAAGGCCCGACGGAUUGGCGUCUAUCUGGAUCAGCAUGCAGGGAUUCUGGCUUUUUACCGCAUCACGCACAACCAGGCUGAUCUCAUCCAUCGGCACCGGACCCAGUUCACCGGCCCGCUGUACCCAGGGUUCAGGUUCUGGGCAGGAGUGGGGUCUGCAGUGACCAUUUGCCAAUUGGAUUAAGCUGUAAAUGAAUGAUGAGCUAUUGUUUUUUGAUACAAACCUGCUAGUCUGGUUGAAAACAUGUGACACUUUGAAAUAUUUAAAAAGGAAGUAAGUGUGAUAGAGAGGAAACAAAGAUGUUCAGGAAUGUUCGGUUUUCAUGUUUGUUUCUUUCACCAGCCUUUUUUUGGUGUUCUGUACAUCUUCUAAAAAUGUCUUCAUGAGUGAAUAAAAGCACAGCAAGAAACAUUUCA